AACGUCAAAAAGAAAAUAUCCCUUGCCAACGUAACAUUGUGGUGCAGUUGGUCCCAGUGGAAAAGCAUAUGUUCAGGAGAAUAAAUGGUGUCAAGCACGGAAUGUCCUGUUUGCGGAGUUGUUGCCUCACAAGCGUGCACUAGGUGCAAAAUGGUGCGAUACUGCGACCGCGAGCACCAGAAGCAGCACUGGCCGCAGCACAAGCGGAGAUGCAGGCCAUUCAGGGAGGAGCAGGAUGCCGAGCUGGGCAGAUACUUGAAGGUUACCCAGGAUAUCGCAGCCGGGCAAAUAGUCUUCAUUGAGGAGCCCCUAGUCGUGGGUCCCAAGUGGUAUCUCUCCGACGCAGACAAGGAGGCCUCUAUCGUUCCGUGUGUAGGCUGUUACGCUCCGAGCCGUCUGGGGAAGCACCAGUGUCGCAGAUGCCGUUGGCCAGUCUGCAGCGCGGGUUGCGAGCACGAGCCAAUGGAAUGCAGCGUGCUUAGCCUGGGAUCGGGAUCACCAACUCGGGCAGAUACCCGCUCAUUGAACGACUACUUCAGGGGCGAUGCUCUUUUGGUGCUCAAAUGCCUUCUGUUGCAGCGACAAAGUCCCACGAAAUGGUCGGCCUUGUUAGAAAUGCAGUCUCAUGAGGAGGAGCGAAAGGGGACCGAGCUGCACGAGGAAGCAGAGAAGCGAGUAGUGAGCUACCUUCAAAAGCGGUUUCUAUGUAGGCUUAAGCAAACUAAUCCAAGCCUUCUAACCGAUUGCGGACCGGAGAUGCUGCAUCGGCUUUGCGGCAUCAUCGAAACCAACUUUAUGGUCAUCGAACUGCCGAGUGGCGUGGAACUCAGCGGGUUGUUCCGGCAGGCCUGCAUGAUGGAGCAUGCUUGUCAGCCCAACUGCGACUUUCAGUUUGAUAACAAGACUCAGCAAGUCGCUGUGCGUGCUGGCUGCGACUUGCGAAAAGGCGACCAUCUACGGAUUACAUACACGAACAUCCUAUGGGGCACCCAACUUCGGCAGCACCAUCUGCGCCUAACGAAGCAUUUCAGCUGCCACUGCAACCGCUGUCUCGAUCCAACGGAAUAUGGCACCUAUAUAAGUGCGCUGACAUGUCUGGGAGAUGUAAAUCAAACCUGUGGCGGAACACACUUGCCAGUGGAUCCACUGGACGAGAACACACAGUGGAAGUGCGACACUUGCCCAAUGCAAGUGGAUGGAGCUUACGUGGCUGAACUGCAGUCCCACAUGACCGAGCAGGUUGAGGGCUUAUUGGCCGGAUGCCCCUCCGCGAAUCAGGUUGAACUCCUGUUGGCCCGCCUGACCCAUAUGUUGCAUCCAAAUCAUUUUCACACGUUCAACCUAAAGCACACGUUAAUCCAGCUGUAUGGUAACGAAGCUGGCUUGGAAUUGGGCGUACUGAGCAACACGCAGCUGGAGCGAAAACUGCGGCUGUGUGAUGAGCUCUACAACGUAUGCCGCCGACUGGAUCCGUACAUCAUUAAGCUGGCUAUCUACGUCACGGUCAUCCUGAUCGAGGUCGCCCACACUCUGCAGGAGCAGGCACGAAGGCCACCAGCAGAGGGAACUUCCCUCUUGGGUCUUGCACAAAGCCGCCUUAGGGAAGCGCAUAUGGUUUUGGAGAAAGAGCAAGAGUCAGUGGCCGGUAAAAAGCUAAACGAAAAAUUGCAGAAGGAAAUCUUCCAGUGCGAAAAACUAAUUCUAGCUUUUGCCUAUAAUCAAGAUCACGAAGCCGAUAAAAAUUAAUUUUCUAACAUCAUUUUCGCAUUCGCAAACAUUAAUCGAAAAAAAUUUUUUGAUUCAUGAGAAAAAUCGGUGAAAGUGGUAAAAGUAAACAUUUUAAAAACCGGUUGCUGUUAAAAUUAAUUACACUUUGCUAAAAUCUAAUGAAGUCGUUCAAAAUAAACCGCAAAACGAGACUUUA